AACCUCAAGAAAACAAAGAGAAAUCCCCAAAAAGAAUCGAACCACACUUCUAAAAUAAUUUAAUAACUACCCAGUUAACGAAAAUCUCCAGAGGUUCACAGAUUUGGGAGGCUUUAGCCUUUGAAUCUCGGCUAGCUGCUAUUUUUGGGCUUUCCAAAGGGAAAGAUGUCAGACCUAGACAGGCAAAUAGAGCAACUAAAGAAGUGUGAGCCCUUGAAAGAAUCCGAAGUGAAAGCACUUUGUCUUAAAGCCAUGGAAAUCCUCGUUGAAGAAAGCAAUGUUCAAAGGGUUGAUGCCCCUGUUACUAUAUGCGGUGAUAUCCAUGGACAGUUUUAUGAUAUGAAAGAGCUUUUUAAAGUAGGAGGUGAUUGCCCUAAGACAAAUUAUUUGUUUCUUGGAGAUUUUGUUGACAGAGGGUUUUACUCUGUGGAAACCUUUCUACUUCUAUUGGCCUUGAAGGUGAGAUAUCCUGAUCGCAUAACACUCAUUAGAGGGAACCAUGAAAGUCGUCAGAUCACACAGGUAUAUGGAUUCUAUGAUGAAUGCCUGCGUAAAUAUGGCUCUGUGAAUGUUUGGAGAUAUUGCACUGACAUAUUUGAUUACUUAAGUCUUUCGGCCCUUAUUGAGAACAAAAUUUUUAGCGUCCAUGGUGGUCUCUCUCCAGCUAUAUCAACUUUGGAUCAGAUUAGAACGAUUGAUAGGAAGCAAGAAGUACCUCAUGAUGGUGCCAUGUGUGACCUGUUGUGGUCAGACCCUGAAGACAUUGUUGAUGGUUGGGGUUUGAGUCCCCGUGGUGCUGGUUUCCUCUUUGGCGGCAGUGUUGUCACUUCAUUCAACCACACAAACAACAUUGACUAUAUAUGCCGUGCACAUCAGUUGGUUAUGGAAGGAUACAAAUGGAUGUUUAAUAACCAGAUAGUUACAGUCUGGUCAGCUCCCAAUUACUGUUACAGAUGUGGUAAUGUUGCUGCAAUUCUUGAGCUAGAUGAGAACCUUAACAAGCAAUUUCGCGUGUUUGACGCAGCACCUCAGGAAUCAAGAGGCACUCCUGCCAAAAAGCCUGCACCAGAUUACUUUCUAUGAAGCGGAUGUAAAGUUUUACCUUUUUCGAGUCCAUUACACAAACUGAUCAAUGAUAGGAUUUACGGUGACUUGGUGCAUACAUUCUCCUAUGAUAGCAGAAAAACAAUGGAUAGGCUUCUUCAUGAAUAGCAAGGAUUGUACUUCCAAUUCACAAUGCGAUUGCACUGUUGGGCUUGCCUUUGUUGUUUGUCUGCUUCUACCUUGAUCAAUGUCUGCUUGUAAUAGUAGUGUGUGUUUAGGGCAGAGGGGAAGAGAGAGAGAGAGAGAGAGAGAGAGAGAGAGAGAGAGAGAGAGAAAAUGAUUCUUAACGAGAAUUUGAUUACGACUAGCGGAGAAUGAGACUGUUGUAACUAUGAUUCUUAUAUGAGAAAUUUCUAAAAUUGGUUUUGUGCCAUAGAAGUUUAUUUGUCAAAUGUUACCAUGUUUCUUGGUUUCAUAUACACGGGACCCUGGAUGGAAGAAUCUGCAUCUUUUGCUUUUCUUCGUUUUUCUUGCCAUUUUUCUUCAUCACUGUAUGCAACAGAACUGGCUGAGCUCAUUUUAGCAAAAAAUGGGA